UGGAGCUCGGUACCGGGGUGUUGGAGGCAGCGCUGAGGGGCCCCUCACUGUCCCAUCAUGGCAUCUGCUCUCAUCGUCCUCUUCCUCAGCUGCUGGCUGGCCGGGCAGAGCGGGGUGUCGGAACGACUGGCCAGAUCCCUGCCCGCCAGCCGUCUGCCCAACAAUGGUGAGCGGCGGAGUCCAAUGACCGAUGACGCAGUGGAUGUGCAAGAGCCCAGCUACCCCAAACCGAAAAUCUCCCUGCACCCGAGCGGGCAGGUCACCCUGGGGGGAGCCGUGACCAUCCAGUGUGAGUGUUGGUGUCGGGGAGCGAGGUUCCUUCUGAGUAAAGCUGGAGAGCAGGACACACAGUGCUCGACGGACCUCGUGAGGGACGUGGCUGAGUUUCCCAUCUGCAGCGUGAGCCAGGGAGAUGCAGGGAGCUACAGCUGCAGAUAUAGCACCAAGUGGGACCCACCCAUCUGGUCGGAGCCCAGCGACCCCGUGGAGCUGGUGAUAGCAGGGGGAAACAACGACACUCAGCUGGAAACGGAAGCAGCUCCCACCCGCUCAGGAAGCACAGGACCAGGUACCAGUACUGGGGGCAAGAAAUCGCUAUCAACUCCCCCAGGAACAGAGGGAACCGACCCAGCUGGGCCCCAGCAGCCGGAACCCCCCACGACGGAGCCGGAGGGAGAAGGGCGAUCAGAACAGAAGCUGAGCAUCCCCAUCAUCACCGGGGUGAGCGCGUCGGCCGCCGGCCUCCUCCUCCUCCUCGUGGCCUUCCUCUGCUACAGACGAACCCGAGGAAGGAAAGGACCAGCCCCGAGACAGAGCAGGGAGUCCGAGCCUGCAACCACAGUCUAUGCCCUCAGGGGUGAAGGGACGCAGCUGGAUGUCCUGCCCCGGGAGCCCGACCCCGUCGCCGAGGGACUCACCUACGCCGAGCUGGACCGCCAGGCACUGCAGGCCAAGCGGGGGGGCCCGGCCCCUGCCCCCGAGCCCGUCCUGUACGCCACCAUCGAUGUCAGCUAGGAGCCCCAUGGGCAGAGCCCCCAGGGUGCAGGGGAGCCCCCCACCCACCCGCAUAGUGUGAACCCAGGGGGAGUUAUCGCAGCGACGGGGCAGGGAGCGUUGGCAACCGGGGGUAACAGAGUGAUUCC